CCCCCGGCAGACCCAAGCAUCCUGGGGUCCCUGGUGCAGGGAGCAAGUUUCCAGCCUUGAGCCUUCUCUUCCUCAUCCCGUGGCCGGGCUGGGCAGGGAGGCGGCCGGAGCGCAGCCUCGGGGGUGGCAUUGCUUGGGGAGGAGGAGGAAGAGGAGGAGGAAGGCGGGUGGGGUCCGCGGCUCCCUCUGGCCCCGCCGCGUAGGGACUCGGCGGCUCCCCUCGGGAUCACCAUGAGCGGCCCCAACGGGGAGGCAGAGACUGGGACCCCCCCGGCAGACAGUGGGGACCUUCCGGAGGGGAGCGGGACCCCCCCGGCGCUGCCCCGGGACUACGAGCUGUCCGGCAAGGUGAUGUUGCUUGGAGACUCGGGCGUGGGGAAAACCUGCUUCCUGCUCCAGUUCAAAGACGGGGCCUUUCUCUCCGGGAUGUUCAUAGCCACCGUGGGCAUAGAUUUCCGGAACAAAGUGGUGUCUGUGGAUGGUGUGAAGGUGAAGUUGCAGCAGAUCUGGGACACAGCAGGACAGGAGCGCUUCCGCAGCGUCACCCAUGCCUACUACAGGGAUGCCCAAGCCCUGCUCCUGCUCUACGAUAUCACCAGCAAGAUGUCCUUUGACAACAUCCGUGCCUGGCUGACGGAGAUCCAUGAGUACGCCCAGAAGGACGUGGUCAUCAUGCUGCUGGGCAACAAGGCGGAUGUGAGCAGCGAGAGGGCUGUGAGGACAGAGGAUGGAGCAUCGCUGGCCAGGGAGUACGGGGUGCCUUUCAUGGAGACAAGUGCCAAGACGGGCAUGAACGUGGAGCUGGCAUUCCUGGCCAUUGCCAAGGAGCUGAAGCAGCGCGCGGUGCAGCCGCAGGAUGAGCCCCGCUUCCAGAUCCACGACUACAUCGAGUCGCAGCAGAGGAAAUCCAGCUGCUGUGCCUUCGUCUGAGAGCAAAGGGGGAGCCGGGGGGAGGCAGGCGGGGGGCACAGCAGGGGCCCGAUCCUGCCCUCGAGAGCCUGCGGGAACCAGCCUCUGACCAGCCAAGUGUGGACAGGACAAUACAGCGGAGUGAGGAGAAACAUCAUCCCAGCACCAGGAUCCAGGGGCCAGAUCCUGCCGCCCUGUGGGACAAUGCUUGGGAAUAACCAUGGUGCGAUGGCUGCCAGCCCAGCAGGGAGCCACGGUGAUGCCUCCAUCAGCCGAGCAGGAUGCAGGAUGUGGCUCCACACCUCACUAAAGGCCCCUUGGAGUGCCUGGAGGGGUUGGAUGUGUGCCAUGGACAAGCCCUCAUGCAGCCUGUGGCCCUCUCCUCCUCUGAAGCAAUCCCUGCUCUUGGCACUGCUUUCAUCCAGCUGGAAGGGCCUGAUCCAACUCCUG